UGAUUUUGAAUUCGCCUAGCAAGAAAUUGUUUCCUUUCGAUUCGCGUCAUUUCGUACCGCUAUUAAGUCGCAGUUUAUCCGCUUCUUAGCGGAUUUUUCGUAUCGCUUUCAUUUUGCGCUUACAACAGCACAUUAACGAAUAUCACAUCGGGUUUUUUUGCGGCGCCACGUCGAGUUGAUGUUAGUUUGUUGUCAUUGUUGAACCUAACCUCAAACCGCUUAGUUGUCAUGCGAGUGUCGUCUAAUAUUGCGCGAUAGUUAUGGGGCCACCGAAGCGCCCGAGUUCGCGCCUAGAUAAACAGUCGAAGAGGCGUAAAAAGGAAGAGGAAGACGCGUGGAUCCCGGACGAUGAGGAUAUAUUGGAAGGCGAUGAGGCGGCAGUGCCGGGCGCGGCUGCGAAAGACGCCGAAAAAAACGACGAAAAAGUGCAGGAGGACGAGUUCGGAGCCAAGGACUAUCGUCCGCAGAUGGUGCUAAAGCCGGACAACGCGUCUAGACCUCUGUGGGUAGCCCCCAACGGCCACAUUUUUCUAGAGUCCUUUUCUCCCGUUUACAAACACGCUCACGACUUUCUGAUAGCGAUCUCGGAGCCGGUGUGCCGCCCCGAGCACAUACACGAAUACAAACUGACGGCCUAUUCAUUGUACGCCGCCGUGAGCGUCGGAUUGCAAACCAACGAUAUUAUAGAGUACUUAAAACGACUCAGCAAGACUAGCGUACCUGACGGCAUAGUGGAUUUCAUUAAAUUGUGCACGUUAUCUUACGGUAAAGUAAAAUUAGUGCUAAAACACAACAAGUACUUUGUAGAAAGCCCCUAUCCGGAGGUACUCCAGAAAUUACUCAAAGAUCCUGUUAUACAAGAGUGUAGGUUACGUAGGAACGUCGAAAGUGACUCGGAGGGACUUAUAACGCAGGUUCAAGACAAAAAAAACGUGCCCAAUUUUGGAACCAAAGCGGGUCCGUCGGCUGACACCGGUCCGUCAGAGUCGGCCGUGCCCGACGACAUCACAAAUUUCUACGAGAAAAUCGACAACGAGGAGGACGAGGAGGAGAACGCGCUCGAAACCGUUUCGUUCGAGGUCAACCAAGAGAAAAUCGAGGUGAUCCAAAAGAGGUGCAUUGAAUUGGAGUACCCGCUGCUCGCCGAAUACGAUUUUAGAAAUGACACCGUUAAUCCGGACAUCAACAUCGACUUGAAACCGUCAGCAGUGUUGAGACCCUACCAGGAAAAGAGCCUCCGAAAAAUGUUCGGCAAUGGUCGAGCCAGGUCGGGCGUCAUCGUAUUACCCUGCGGGGCGGGGAAGUCGUUGGUGGGCGUGACCGCUUGCUGCACGGUCCGCAAGCGGGCGUUGGUGCUCUGCAACUCAGGCGUGUCCGUAGAACAAUGGAAGCAGCAGUUUAAGAUGUGGUCCACAUCAGACGACAGCAUGAUAUGUCGGUUCACCUCCGAGGCCAAAGACAAACCGAUGGGAUGCAGCAUCCUGGUAACCACAUACUCGAUGAUAACGCACACCCAGAAACGCUCGUGGGAGGCCGAGCAGACGAUGAAGUGGCUGCAGGACCAAGAGUGGGGCAUCAUGGUCCUCGACGAGGUCCAUACGAUCCCUGCGAAAAUGUUCCGCAGGGUUCUGACCAUCGUUCAGUCCCAUUGCAAGCUCGGACUGACCGCCACUUUGCUGCGUGAAGACGACAAGAUCGCCGACCUCAACUUUCUGAUUGGGCCCAAGCUCUACGAAGCCAACUGGCUGGAAUUACAAAAAAAGGGAUAUAUCGCUAGGGUGCAGUGCGCAGAGGUUUGGUGCCCGAUGGUGCCGGAAUUCUACAGGGAGUACUUGCUGUGCAAGACGAGCAAGAAACUGCUGCUCUACGUGAUGAACCCGAACAAAUUCCGGGCGACGCAGUACCUGAUCCGGUACCACGAGCGUCGCGGUGAUAAGACUAUAGUGUUUUCCGACAACGUGUUUGCCUUGAAGCACUACGCUAUCAAGAUGAACAAGCCGUACAUCUACGGGCCGACGUCGCAAGGCGAACGGAUCCAGAUCCUGCAGAAUUUCAAGUUUAACCCUAAAGUGAACACGAUAUUCGUGAGCAAAGUGGCGGAUACAUCAUUCGACCUGCCCGAGGCCAACGUGCUCAUACAGAUAUCGUCACACGGCGGCUCGAGACGGCAGGAAGCUCAGCGUUUGGGGCGUAUUCUGCGAGCGAAAAAAGGGGCCAUAGCCGAGGAAUAUAAUGCGUUCUUUUACACGCUGGUGUCGCAAGACACGAUGGAGAUGGCCUACUCGAGGAAACGUCAGAGGUUCCUCGUGAACCAGGGUUACAGCUACAAGGUGAUCACCAAGCUGGCCGGCAUGGACCAGGAGGCAGACCUGAUGUACAAAACAAGGGAGGAGCAGGGCCAGCUGCUGCAACAGGUGCUCGCGGCCAGUGACAUCGACUGUGAGGACGAAAAAGUGCCUGGUGAAGGGGGCCCUCGAGGGGGCGGAGCCGUUGGCAGGAAAGUGGGCGGGCUCGGGUCCAUGUCCGGAGGCGACGACGCGGUCUACUACGAGUUCAAAAGGUCUUCGAACGUCAACAAACAUCCACUGUUUAAGAAAUUCCGUUACUGAUUGUUACGUUUUUUUUUUUGGAAAUAAAUGAAUU